AUGGGGAAGAGCAACCGGCGAAAGCGCCGUCAAAAGCAGAAGCAAACCAGCGGUGAUGCGAGUGAACCAAGAAAUCCCUCAUCAGCGACGCAUCAACUGCGGCAUCCAGAUCCCAAAAUAAGGCAUGGCGCAUUGGUGGCUCUUCAAGCAAACUUCUUGCACGACCAUUCGAAGAGUGUCAACCUACAAGUUCUACAAGCAGUGCGGGAACAAGUGAUGGAUAGCGAUAUGAAUUGUGCUAGUGCAGCAGCGGAGUGCCUUGCCCAACAUGUUUCGUAUGCAGAUGGAGAUACGCACAAGGAUGUGAUGGCCAGUUGGACUCUAAUCUUGAUUGGAAGACUUGACCAGUGUCUCCAAGCGUUGCAGUCUACGCCGAGCAAUUCAAAGCAGUGGUAUGCUUUGGCUGCUCCAUGCUUAAGAGCACUGUGUAAGUUGAUAGAAAUGAAUGAGCUUGCACUGGAGCAAAUGAAUGCACAAAAACAGACUUUUCUGUCCACCGUUUUCGGUCUGUUGGAAGCAUCUGCGAAUCAUGAAGCAACACUUGAUCAAAGACAUACCGAAUGGGUUGAAGAGACGGGUGCGUUUGCUGCGCGUUGUAUCCACUCGUCGAUUGAGGACAAUUUUGAGAUGGUUAAUAUCAUUAAUGGAAAUGAGAAAGUCAUGGAGCUUUGGCCAACUUUGAUGAGCAAGUUGCCAGAUGUGGCUGCGUUGCACGUUGCCGGUUGUGUUGUAGCAUUGUAUCAAGCAGCACCUUCAAAAUGGCAAAUUGAUUUCAUCAUGACCAAAGUCUUGCCAUGUUUAUCCAAGUCCAUGGUGGUGAAUGCAGAAGGUCUCAAAACUCUGGAGGAAAACCUCGGAAAAGCGAAUCAAUUGUGGAUGACUCAAAAGCAAGACGACAAAAUGGAGAAAGAAAUCCUACAGAAAAUCGCAAAGAAAAGAGAAUCUGCUAGAGAUAUUGCAAGACGACUCAAACAAACUACCAGAGAUGGAAAAGCAGUGAUGAAUGAACAAGAAGAUGGUCGACAGGCGGUUGAAGACUCUCUGACGGCUUGGAACAACACAAUCAUGCCCCUACAAUUAGCUUUGGAAGUCAUGGCAAACCUUUUGAGUUGUCUCGUUCAAGAUGAAGACGAAAUGGCUCUUGAACGUGAUAGUAGCUUGGAUUCCUUGUUGCAUCAAGAGCUCUUGAAGGGCAAGGUUGCCGAGCAUAUUGUGGGGAUGCUGCAAACCAUAUGUGUUCAUACAAAGAGCCGUGCUAAUGAUGAACAUGACUUGCUGAAAGAUGAUUUGCAAGAAGCCAUUUCCAAGGUUUCUGCUUGUAUUGCAAACUCUGUCAUCAGCAAAGUACUCCUCGAAGCAGACUUUGCUGCAACCUGGAAUGUCUUGAGGCAGCAUCCUUCUGAGCGAGGAGUUUGCAGUGUGAUGGCGGCACUAGUGCAAAACAGCAAGUCGCUAAGAGAGUUGGCGGUACAUGACUUGGAGAUUUUCCAAAACAUGUUGCACAACAGCGACGAAGACGUUCAAAGAGAUGCCGUUUGCUUGAUUUCAGCAGCAAUGGCAAGGAGCACUCCAGAGAAUGUAGUCAUCAACCUGACCAACGAGUUGAUCAAGGUCAUGAAUACUGCUCCAGACACGGUGAAAUGUGAAGCAUUGAAUACCAUUAUGGAACUGUAUGGGGAUGACGACUUCCACCCACGUGUUUUUUCAUCUUUGGGUACACUUGAUCAUUACAAAAAAUGCGUCAUGUCAGUACCACAAAAGGGUCUAAGUCCAGAAGAGGAAGAAAUACUGUUUAAUGCGAAUAGAUUUGUAGAAUAUAAGGAAAGCUAA